AGUACAGGGUUGAGAAUGAAGUUCAUCUGUAAUUCACAUAAUAUUGGCGGUGAAAUAUUCAAAAAGACACUGGAAUAGUUAACCUUAAAUGUAAAACCUCAACGUGUUUGAAUGAAAUGUCAAACAUGAAUGGGAUUUCAGCGGUGCAUGUUAAAAAAUUAAGUCAUACUAUUGAUGAAAUUCGAACAAGAGCCUUAGACAAUAUUAUUUCAAAAUUUGAUCUUGGAUUUAGUUGUGAUUGCGAUGCCGUGAAAAAAGAGCUAAUAACAAAACUAUUUAAUUGGUUUUCGUUUGAAACUUUCUCAGAGACAGAGAAAGUUUUAGAUUUAUUAGUUCGUUUGCUAAAGACAGGUGAUAGAAGUUACUUGAAUGCAUUUGGUAAAUUAAGAUUUCAAAAUGAACUGCAUGAAUUAAGAAGGAAAUUGGGUUCAGAAUGGUAUGAGAAAUUAAAUGAAAUUGAAGAAAUUGUUCUUAAUUCAGGUAGAUUGCAAACAUCCUUAAAUAAUGAACAUACAGAGAACAACUCAUUAAAAAUGGGGUUCAUUGAUUAUGAUAAACAUAGAACCCGUAUAAAAAAUUAUGGAGAUAAUGAAAAUGAAAUAGAUAAUAUGGGGAAUCACAAUAUGUCCUCUGUCUUAGAUAAUACAGUACCAUUUGAUUUAACCAUGGAAUGUGGAGAUGGUACACCAGUGUCUAAGACUACAGAAGGUGGUAUCAAGUGGUUAGUAUUACCAUGGCAACCUUUAGUCACUUCAGACAGAGGUGUCUUAGCAGCAGUUGAAGAAGCCUUAAAUAACAGUUUAGAUACGAAUCUUAUAUUACAUACGUGUCAAUUUAUUACAAAUGUAAUGAUGCAAGAUUUUCCAGCAGAAGUGUUCCUUCAGAGACCAGCAAUAAUACUUAUAUUGCACAGUCUCUUAGAAUCUAGUGCAGAUGCUUCAAAUGUUAAUCUCAGAAUUGUUACACCAAUGGUGUUAAAGACCCUGCAUAAACUAGCAAGAUCUUUGAGAUUGAGAAUUUACUAUUACUGUGAACCAUGUAUUGCAAAUAAAAAACAAAAGUUGCUAGCAGGGAAAUUAGGCAAUAGUGCUUACCCUUCAGAAACUAGAGACAGUCCUGAUGGAGGAUUUCCAGAAGCAAAUUACCAAGCAUAUCAGUCUACAGGUACAAGUGAAAGAAGUCAAAGUGUAUCAGAAAACAUUGAUGAUUCGAUUUUACAAUUGCAACAAAUGUUUAUACCAACAUUUUGUAUUGAAUCUUUAAAACAUGUUAUUUCACAACUAAGUAUUCCUAUUAACACGACACUUUCGCUAAGAAAUAUUAAAUAUGUGAUCGAUCUGACAUAUGAGCUGGUACAAUUACUUAUUAUCAGUGUCAUGCCAAAUAUUUGGCUUUGUAAUGAUGACAUGGCUUUAAAAAUAACUGAAGAUAUGAAAGCAUUAUUCGGCAUCUUGGGAGAUGUGAUAGAAUAUUUUGGAAACUAUAGCACCAUUGAUCAUUUUAGAAUAACAUAUCUACAUCUCGUAACCGUUACAAUGAAGCUGUUAAGUAACAUUGUCCCUUUGGAAAUAGCAGAUGCUAUAUUUCCUAAAUCUCUUAAGACAUCUAUGUGUGUAGCUAUAAUGGAUGCUCCUAUUUAUUUAUUAUAUCCAAGAUUACAUUCUAUAUUGCAAGAAUAUUGCCGCCAAUUCCAAGGCAUUGAUGAAGUUGCAUAUAUUAAACUCUUCGACGAUACGAGAGUGGUAGCGAAAUCAAUGCAAGCAGCUAUAUCCAUAAUAAAGAAUAUGUCUAGUUUAUCUCAUUCUGAAGUACUGCAAACGUUAUACGCUUCGAAAUUAAGUUUAUCUUAUCACAAAAAUUUUAGUAUUAUAAAAAAGACUAUCAGAUUUUUACAAAAUAUAUAUAGAUAUUCUUUAAAUAACGAAGACCGUGCGUUAGCUACAAAAUUAAUAUUGAGCUUAUUGGCGAACGCAGAUUCCGACAUACAGUAUGCAACGUAUUUCGAGUGUCAUACUUUAGUUAAAAGUAUUCUUGGAGUAGAGUACAAUAGAGAGAGAUUGUCUUGUGAAAGCUUAACAUUUUUGUUCGAAUCAUCUGUUUUAACUGAAAUAAUCUCUCAUGGUGUAACAAAUGAAGACCAGAGGAUACAGGAAAUGGCAGAAGAAAUAUUAGUUUAUAUACUGAAAGGAAGAGUGCAAAUGGGAGAAGAUGGGUGGCUAAAGUCAUUAGAAGCUCUUGCACCAGUACUACCCCUUUUACAGUGUCAUACUAAUUCAACUACAACUUUAGGUCAAUGCAUAACAAAAAUUUUUGAUCCCGAUGUUUCUUCUAGCAUACAGUUACCCUAUAUUGAGGUCUUAAAAGGUAAUUUAAGAUUUCUAUUUUCACCGGAUGACGAUAUUAGGGAGGAAGCAGUUUGUCGGCUGAUUUGGCUUCUUGGAAAAGAGAAAGAUUCGAUUCAAAAAUUACCAAGAUUAUCUUCUUUACACGGUUUACCUCUUAGUUCGCUUUGUAUAUCUGAACGACAAAGUGUUCUUAAAAAAUCUGAAGGCAAUUAUCAGAGAAGUAACUUAUUAUCUGUACUUGAAAUGUUAAAUGAACCAAAUGUGGAUCCGAAGAUACGAAAAUCGGCAUUAGUUCAAAUCAGUGUUAUGCUAUCAGAUUCUUCUUUGCAUAAAUUGUUUAUUACUGAAAAUGGAUUAUCUUUAAUAUUAAACGUGUUUGAUAGUGCUUUGAUCGAAAAGGAUUAUAUCAAUUACCCGGAUUCAGUAAUUCCCAUAAUUACUAUACUGAAACUAUUAGCGUCUACUGAAUCCUCUAUACGGCAAGAUCUAUCUACUCGUAUAAAUGUUUUCUCAAAUAUAAUAAGAAGUUUAUUUUUAUUUCCUAACAACGAAUCUGUUAAGACUGAUGGUUCGCAACUUCUUUGUUUAUUGCUUUAUAAUGAAUAUAUCAUGAGACUAAGUGAAAAAUAUGCAGAGAACUAUAAUCACUUAAAUAUUUCUUUGCCGUACCUUAUUGUAUCCAAAAUGAAAUUACCAUUUCUUUGUAAAUUUCAUUGGAAAAUAAGUAUGCACAGGCGCUCGGAUAUAUCUGUUCUUCAUGGUUCCAAUUCACUAGCAUUGACAUUUAUUAAAGAGUAUUGGCUAUGGGAAUGGAAUGAUGGUUUAAAUGUACUUUGGAAAAAUUGGGAUGACCUUAUUGAUUCUGAUAUAUCGGAAAAAUUGAAAAUUCAAGAAAGUGAAUUCUUAAUUUUACGUUUUAGUUAUCCUUUUUAUUACUGUCAGCAACAAUUAUACAACAUACAAAAUUCAACUACCCAUGAAUCAGUUCUAUGUGCGCUUGAUUAUCUUACAAUGUAUUUAAAAUUAUACAAAAUGCAUCAAUAUGAAAAUCUGAAGGAUAUAAGCUUAUUACCUUGGGAACAAACGUUUGAGCGAUUUUUAAUUUCACAGCCGGCAAGUAAAGAAGACUGUGAUUUAUUUGUUGAAGUUUUAAAUUUUCUGCAAAUCUACGUCAACAUUACCAAGAACGGACAGUGUAAGUGGACUAACAAAAUAAUGAGGAAUAUAACUAAAACAUUAGCAGAAUUAUUUAAAAAUUCGGAAUUAGAUAAUCAAGACAUACAUCAGUCUAUAUUAAAAUUAGCUCGAACCUGUUCAGCGGUUGAAAAAGGUGAACAGUCUGAUGACGAGAAUGAAAAUGUUCGGCUUCAUUUUAUUGAACUUAUUGUCUCUACUUUAUGUUUCGGAGACCAACAACAUUUUUACAAUUUAGCUUACCUCGAUUGGUUGUUAACAUGCUUAACAUAUUUAAUUGGAAAAUGCCACUGGGCUAAUUAUAAAACUUUAUUAAUAACAUUAGGUAACACAUUGAUAGAACUGAUUAUAUCUUUUCAUGGUGCUGGAACUGUUAGUUUCAUGGGUUUAUCCAUAACUAGAAAUUCUAUAAUAUGCCUUAACCAUUUAUUAUAUCAGAUGCAAAUGAAUUUUAAUAAGAAUGCUUUUGUUGUAUUUUGGUACGAAGAAGGUCGUACCUUAAGUUGGUUGCCCAUGUUAUGGCAAAAUCGAGAUCCUUUAGUUCGUGCAUCCGCUUUACAAUUGUUAGCUGGUUUAAUAAAUAAUUUACAUACAGCUGCUCAGCUUUUGAACACUAUUGCGCUGGCGCCAAGCGAAUUAUGUCAAACAUUACUUCAAUAUAUUGCUAGUAGGGAAGAAUCAUGUAUAGUUAGAGAACAAGCUUGUUUCGCAUUCAGCAAUUUAGUGAAAAAUUGCAAUUCCGUAACUUUUCAAUAUGUGAACUCUUUGCAAGCAAAUGCUAUUUUAAUUUAUAUGGAACAAAGUAACACUUACUAUGAGAUCACCGUUUUGUGUUCUAAUAUUUUUAUGUUUACUACUUUGGACUAUGACCAUACGGAUAAUCGGGAACAAGAAAAUGGAAAAGCCCCAUCUAUUCAUAGUUUACAGUCUGGUAGUACAUCUUUAGUACCGCGUACAAUUUCAUACCUGUAUAAUUGCCAGGAUGAAUUACAACCCUUUUCAGCAAGGGCAUCAGAAAUCACGGACCUUGAUAACUGUCUGCAAGUGGUAGCAACACCAUCACUGAUAACAGCUGUUUGUAGAUUGUUAAAUAAUUUGAUUUUUGUAGGAAAACAAGAAGUAGUUCAUCAAAUUUAUGAACAUUCUAUAGAUAAAUAUUUAUUUGGAUGUAUCAAUGAAAUUCCUAAAAAUGUCGAGAGUAAAAAGAACGUGACUCAUUAUUGCGACAUUUUGGAAAUGUAUAUUAGUGUUUUCACGGUUUUAACAAAUUGUAUCAUACAUAGUAACGAAUAUACUGUUGUUGUUAAUUUUUCUCCCGAGUCGUUGUACACCGUGUUCUCCUUUUUGAAUACGGAUCUAUAUCUUUCUGACACAGGACAAUUGGUCUCUUUACGAGACCGACUAUGGACUGAGAUUUUCAAUUUUAUAGCCAUAUUAUCGCUAACAGAAAAUCAGCACUUUGAAUCGAUACAAACAGCUUUAGAAUUAUGCACUCCGGAAGUUGUACUUUCGUCUAUUUGUCUGGCAAUGAGAUGUUCCAAUGCAGAACUUCGUAUAAGCGCUAUUGGAUGUCUUGCGUUUCUUCUGUCGCUAGAAAUUCAGAAAGAUUCUUUAGGGAAAAGUAAUAUUUCAUUGCAAACAGUCAUAGAUACUACUUUCACAUCUUCAUCGAAUGAUUAUAGAAAUAGCUUAAGAGAAAUUAUAUCAGAUAUUAAUAAACUGUCGUUGAGAAGUGCAAGUGUGCAUUCAAGAAAACCAAAUGAGAACAAUAAUAUUUUGAUAAGUUAUGAUAAAGUAGUAGAGGGUGAAAUCGAGAAAAAUGAAAUUGCAAUAGGAGAAGAAUUCUGCGGUAUCUUAUUGCAUUUAUUUAUUGCGCAUAACUACAACAGAUCCAAGAAAAACCGGAAAUUAAAUGAAGACAAAGAUUUAAUUACAAGUGCACUUACUAAUUUACUGUGUAUAUCAAACACGGCUAAGGGAAUCGCUUUGGAGGAAAAUUUACCUGAAACAGCUUUAAUGAUAUUAAAAGAAUUCUAUGUUAGAUUAAAUAUGCAUCCUUUUGAACUGUUUAAGAAUCAAAUGGACCGUGACAAAAAGAUUCAUCCGCUGUUACACGAUGUAAAUGGUAUCUUCACGUUGUUAAUGAAUUUUAUGUACGGUAGCGUUGAAGUUAAAGAAGUUUUAUCGAAAGCUGGAUUAGCGGAUGUGAUGCAUAAAUUGUGGGCUUGGAUUGCGUUAAGCAAAACUGUCUCUACUACUGCUUUAAAGUUGCUUGCAACUUAUACUACGAAAUGUUCUAUAGCGGCACAGUCAUUAACAUUAACAACCACCCUACCAGGAACGGGACUCAGAAGAACUCCUAACACUCUUGCUUUAAUACAUGUCAUUAUACAAUUAGUCUGUAAGGAGAUAGAUAAAGCUGGACAAAUAUUUGACAAUCACAAGUUACAUUUUGCGUUUCACAUUUUGCGAAAUGCUGUGCAUGUUCACGAAUGUAGAGUUUCAAUUUCGAAGAGCAAUCUCCUCCAAUUUUUUACAAAAAUACAUCCGGUCACUACGAAGAGAACAAAACCAUGGCCAUUAGUUGAGUUAUACUGUUUAGAAUUUUUAAUUGAUUUCACAUAUUAUCAAGAGGGUCAGUUAUGCGUACCUAAGACUGUUGACGGUCUGGAUGUUUUAUUACAACUAGCAAAAUGUUCAUCACCAUCCAGCAGAAUUCUUGCAAUUUCCAUAUUGCGUAACUUGGCAUUCAAUAUGGCCAAUCGACCACGAUUACUUAGUUCAGUGGACUUCAUCAACGUUGUACAUGAUAUAUUUAAGAAUGGAUCUAUGAGCGAAAUUAAGAUUGCAGGUUCUAUGUUGUGGUCUUUAAUAGCGAAUAAUCAGAAAGGAAAGUUAAUUGCAAGAAGCGCUGGUUUUUCACAGAGUAUUCAAGAAGCUUUAGGCCGACUCACGUUAUUAACUGUAGAUGACAGAAAAGAGGAACAAGAAUUAGUUAAAAUGUUGCAAUAUGUAUUAAGAAUUCUCAGUCCAGUAGAUAUGAAAAAUGAUUAAGUAAAUCAGACGAAUCAAGUAAAAUAAUAUAAUUGUACAUACAAAUAGAUUUUAGUAGUUUAAUACAUCAACAUUAGGAUUUGUAAUAUUUUUUUUAUACUAAAUGAGAUAUUAUACGAAAUGUAAGUGAGAUAAUGGUCUCACAAGUAUACAUAUAUAUUUUUAUAAAUAUCGAAUAAGAUAUUUUUUUAAAUAUUUUAUAAUAAAAGUCGUUUAAUAUAUUAUAAUUAAAAAUAGUAUUUAUUACGUUUAGUUUUGAUUGAAUGCUGACUGAGUUCAAUUAAAUUGUACUAUAAAUUUUUAGCUAUAUCUUAGAUUUCUUAGGAUUGUGUAAAAUUACCAUCACAGAAAUCGAUUAUGAUUACAAGAAUAACAUAAAAAUGUCUUAAUAGCUAAAUGAAUAAUCAAUUAUACGUUGCUAGGAAUUUGUCAAGCAAUUACAUCAAUCUUCUGAAAAACGCAUUAUGUUGUUUUUGCAGAUACAAGCUAUACGCUGAAAUUUAAUAAAACAUCAAUAAUGAAGGAAAAAGUACCUCAUUGUGCAUAAGUUUUCCUGUUACAGAAGAACCACAGGCAAAAAUGGUAAUGAUAUUCUUGGGUAGAACUUUAUUAAAAGAGUUUUAACCUUAUGCAUUCCAUCAAUUAUGAAACUUCAACUGUUGAGUAAUACCGAAGACAAAUAGGUGUAAUGAUCCAAUAUCUAUGCAUAAAUUACGAUUUUUUGCACCUACCUCCGCGCGUCACUAACCGCAAGAAGAGGAAAAAUUAUAAACGAAGAGUAGAUGACAGAUAAGACAAAUAAUACCGUAGUAUGAUCAAAUGAUUUUUAAGUACUAUUUACUAAGCAAAGAAUCAUACUAUCGUGGAAAUGAAGUUUGAAAAUUCCAAGCAUUCAAUAGAGAUAAGAAAGGGAAGAAUCAAAACAAAAGUGGACAAGUUGUUCAUUCGGUUCUAAUUAGUAUUCAGUGAAUGAUCAAUUUGCUGUUUGUUAAUUGCCCAUUAUUCCAUAACGUGGGUGGGCCGCGUCGUAUGAGACUGUCCUCUUCGCUAGCAAAUCAUAUACUUGUAAUUGUUUAAAUAAUCUUUUAAAAAUGAUUAAGGUUCAUAAAACAAUAAAAAUCACCUGACUAACAGUAAGAAAUUUUUAUUAAGAAACUACAAUAUUCUACAUCUUCCUAAAUUAAUUAUAUUGGUGAUACUCCCACUCCUAUGCCGUGCUAUUGUUUCAAAAGUGAGAAGCGAUUAGCGGAGAGGUAGUUUCGAGGCUCACUGCGUUCUCUCACCAUCUGCGCGUCUUAUUGUUAGUUAUGGACUCUCGUGACGGCAAGUAUACUCCUGGUAAUAGGAUAGCAGAAUGUGCAAAGAGAUGGCACAAUUUUUGGGUAGAUAUGGUGGACAUGCUGCACAUGCAUUGUAUACCUCUUGGCACACCUACUUUUUUUCCUGCUCUCCUGUUAGAAAUAGUUAAUUCCGAUCCUAUCCGCUUGAUGGCGCUGCACUAAUAAAUUACCGUCUAUUGUUAAUGCUGUUUCAAUUAUGUUUCACCCAAGAACUGACAAGGAAGAGGGCUGAACGACCCUUCAAAGCUAAAGGUAUCGUGUCCAAGUUGAUUGUUUCACAUAUAACAACAUAACCUUUCGGAAUGAAAACAAUUGCAAAUGGAAUGAAAAACACCCCAAGAAAUAAUUACAAUUAUAUAAAAAUUCUCCUAAUGAGGAAAUGACCCCAAUCUAUUCUGAACCACAGCAGAAGGCAAUUCAGUGUACCAAAUAAUAUUCUCCUUCAAGUUUUCAAAGGUCAUGAAUAUUUUACAUAAAAGAAUUUAUUUAAUGAGUCUUAUAACCAGGUAAUACAUUCAGAUCAUCUAUGUAACAUUAGAGCUGAAAGAGUAUCACUUCAACUAGAAGUGAAAAAUUCUAUAUACAUAUAUCAGUUUCUCUUAA